AUGUCCCUUGCUGCGUAUCGACACCUCUUGCGCGCCGCGAGAAUCGCUUUCAAAGGUCUAAUGAAAACAUUCCAGACACUUUCCUGGGCCCUUGCUGACGAUGGGAUUCAUGUAGGCGAUGAAAGGGUUCUCACAGCCGCGCAGCAGCAGAUCCGUCAAGGUUUCCGCGAUCACGCCACCGUCGCCCCUACAGAUCCUUCCGUAGGGCCGGCCAUUCAGAAGGCUGAAGAUAUCGCAAAGAUCCUUAGAGAAAACAUUGUUCAGGGCAAACAAGAUGAUGCUCAAGUCUACAAGCUACGCAUUCAUAAAGACACAGAACGGGGAGACAACGAUUCGGUUAAGUUUGCAGGCGGCAACAAGGGAACUACAGGCGGUUGUGGUUGUAGUUGA